GUAAUGGAAUCUGUAUUGGCUGUUUGUGAUGCCACACUGUCAAAUAGCAAGGCUGUGGUGGAAGAUGUGAAUGCACUAAUAUUACAGUUUGAUAAUGAUGAUUCAAGGAAAACAUGGCAAAGCCGCCUGCAAGGAGCUAUAUAUCAUUCAUCAGCUUCUGCACCUUUUACUAUCUCUGAAACUUCAUCAGACUCGGAAACAGAACCCAAUGAGAAGCAUGAUGCAUUUGAUUUGCCGAUGAUAGAAAGUGUUUUUAUAACUGGUGUUCUUGAUGAGCUUAAGAUCAGUAUUAGUUAUAAUCAUCAGCAUGAGCGGAGCUUCAAUAAGGUGCUUCUUGCUGAAGAGCAUCCACUUGAAUUUCGAGCAACAGGUGGUCAAGUUGAGCUUUCAAUAAAAGGGAGUGAUAUUUUUAUUGGCACUGUUCAAUCUUUGGAAAUUGAAGAUUUGAUUUGCUGCAGUACUGUGUCGAAGCCUUGCUACUUGGCAAGAUCUUUUAUACGAAGUGCAGAUGUACAUUCAGUAUUGGACGAUGGUGGGAUUGAGUUGUUCCCAAGUGAAGGAGAUGAAAAAUUUUAUGAAGCCCCUGAAGAUUUGAUUGAUUCUGCUGAGUGCACAUCCACACCUAGAAAAUCAUCUGAGUUAGUUAGUUUGCAAAAAUUUCAGAGUUUUAGUCGAGUAACUGGUUUACUCCCUGAUGAUGAACUUCUUCUGGGAAGGGAGGAUGUUGAACUAAUUGAUACAUUAAACAGUUUUGUAAAAGCACAAAUUGUUAUUUAUGACCAGAACUCUCCUCUGUACAACAAUGUCGACAUGAAGGUCACUGUGACUCUGGCUACUUUGUCAUUUUUCUGUCGUAGACCAAUCCUUGCCAUUAUGGAAUUUGCUAAUGCUGUUACUAUUGAGGAUGAUAGCUGCGAGUCUAUUAGUGAUAAUUCUUCUGCAGUUGGUGAACAUGAUAUUUCCAGUGAAGAUCCUACUGACAAUCCACAGUCAACCAGGGUGGAGGAGCCUGUGGUCAAAGGUCUGCUAGGAAAAGGAAAAUCCAUUAUUUUCAACUUAACAUUAAAUAUGGCUCAUGCUCAGAUUUUGUUGAUGAAUGAAAAUGAAACUAAGUUCGCUACUUUGUCGCAAGAAAAUCUGCUUACUGAUAUAAAGGUCUGCCCUACCUGUGUUCCCAUCCUCUUUAGUAUAAACGCAGCAUUAGGAAAUUUGCGAAUAAGUGAUGACAGCCUCCCUGGCAAUCAUAUGUACUUCUGGAUCUGUGAUAUGAGAGAUCCUGGAGGCACUUCAUUUGUCGAGCUGGUUUUUACUUCAUUCAACAGUGAUGAUGAAGAUUACCAAGGUUAUGAAUAUAGCCUGUUUGGCCAACUUUCUGAAGUACGCGUUGUUUACUUGAAUCGCUUUGUGCAGGAGGUUAUUAGUUACUUUAUGGGUCUUGUUCCCAACGAUUCAAAAAGUGUAGUCAAAUUUAAAGAUCAAGUUUCAAACUCGGAGAAGUGGUUCACCACUAGUGAAAUUGAAGGAUCACCAGCUUUAAGGUUGGAUAUUUCACUAAGGAAACCUAUAAUUUUGAUGCCUCGCAAGACAGACAGCCUCGAUUAUCUGAAGCUUGAUGUCGUUCAUAUUACGGUUCAGAAUACCUUCCAAUGGUUAUGUGGCACUAAAAGUGACUUGAAUGCUGUCCAUUUUGAUAUAAUGACAAUCAAGAUUGAGGAUAUCAAUUUAAAUGUUGGUACUGAAUCAGUUUUAAGUGAAAGUAUUAUUAAGGAUGUCAAAGGGGUUUCUAUUGUCAUCCGGAGGUCUCUUCGAGACUUAAUGCAUCAAGUACCAAGUAUUGAAGCUGCCAUCAAGAUAGAGGAACUGAAAGCAGAGUUGACGAACAGGGAGUACAUGAUUAUUACUGAGUGUGCAUUGUCUAAUAUAUCUGAGACUCCGCAUAUUGUGCCACCAUUAAGCAGUGAUUUUCUGAAAUCAUCAUUGGACGCUGUAGAAGAUGUUAUUCCUGAAAGUGGUGUUGAGCCUAGGACUCCAAAUGGUGAAACUUGGACUGUCAUGAAGGUCUCAGUUGUCAUCAAUCUUGUUGAAAUGGGCUUAUAUGUUGGGGAAGAAUGGCGUUCACCUCUGGCCACUGUGCAGGCAAGUGAUGCCUGGCUUCUCUACAUGUCUAAUACUUUAGACGAAGGUAUUCUAUCAGCAAGUCUUAAGGGUUUCACUGUGAUUGAUAACCGUGUGGGAACCAGAGAAGAGUUUAAGUUGGCAAUAGCAAUGCCAAAGAACCCUCUAUUUUCUGUUGCUGAUACCAAUGACCAGAACAUAUCCAAUGCAAACAAUACAAAAGAGAAUUAUAUCAAACCACGUCCUACGAUGCUUCUUGUUGAUGCGAAAUUUAGUAAAUUGUCAACAUCUGUUUCCGUUUGUAUCCAGAAGCCUCAGUUGCUUGUAGCACUUGAUUUUCUGCUGGCACUUGUCGAGUUCUUUGUUCCAACAGUUGGCACCAUGAUGACAAAUGAAGAAGAUAAGAAGUCCUUGCAUAUGGCAGAUGCUAUUAUUCUAGAUAAACCAACAUACGCACAGCCAUCUGCUCAGUUCUCACUCUCUCCUUUGAAACCUUUAGUUGCUGAUGAUGAAAAGUUCGAUCAUUUUAUUUAUGAUGGUAAUGGUGUAUUGCAUUUAAAAGAUAGGGAAGGAGUUGAUCUUGCUGCACCUAGUAAUGAGGCUUUGAUAUAUGUGGGAAAUGGGAAAAAGUUGCAAUUUAAGAAUGUUCUUAUCAAGAAUGGGCAUUAUUUAGAUUCAUGUAUUUCCCUGGGAACCAACAGUGGCUACUGUGCUUCGAAGGAUGAUCUGGUCUACUUAGAGGGAGGAGAGGAAGAUCUUGAAGUGGAUACUUCAAGGGAAAUUGCUAAUCACAUCACACCUCAAAAUGCCGUUGUUGACAGAUCUGCAGAGUUUAUCAUUGAGUUUCAGGCAAUUGGUCCAGAACUGACCUUUUAUAAUGCAUCAAAAGAUGUGGGAGAAUCUUCAGUCUUGUCUAACAAACUUUUGCAUACCCAGUUGGAUGCUUUUGGAAGGCUUAUUCUGAAAGGUGAUACUGUUGAGAUGACUUCAAAUGCUCUUGGCUUGACAAUGGAGAGUAAUGGAGUCAGAAUUUUGGAGCCUUUUGACACCUCCAUUAAGUAUUCUAAUGCAUCUGGAAAGACAAAUAUUCAUUUAUCUGUUUCAGACAUAUUCAUGAAUUUUUCAUUCAGCAUCCUUAGACUGUUUUUAGCUGUUGAAGAAGAUAUUUUGGCCUUUCUAAGGAGAACGUCAAGGGAAAUGACUGUCUGUUGUUCCCAGUUCGACAGAGUUGGAACAUUAGAAGUAUAUCCCAACAAUGACCAGAUAUAUGCCUUUUGGAGAGCUCGUGCACCUGUUGGCUUUGCUGUUCUUGGCGACUAUUUGACACCAUUGGACAAACCACCUACAAAAGGAGUUCUUGCUGUAAACACCAACUAUGUGCCAGUCAAGAGACCCACAUCCUUUAAACAAAUUUGGCCGCCUUUAGAUUCUGGAGGCAUCUCUGAUGAAUUUGAACUCGAUUCCAAAACAUUGUCAAAUGGGGUGCUUGGUGAGGGAGAAAUCUGCUGUUCUGUUUGGUUCCCUGAAGCACCUGAAGGUUAUGUUGCAUUAGUUGUGGUUUCCCCUGGGAAGUUGCAACCACCACCAUCUUCAAUUUUCUGCAUCUUGAAUUCUGUUUCUCCUUGUUCACUCAGGGACUGCAUUACCACCAGUGAUACCAGUUGUCUGGCAUUUUGGCGCGUGGAUAAUUCUCUUGGGACCUUCUUGCCAGCAGAACCAACGAAUCUUAGUUUGCUAGCUAGACCAUAUGAAUUACGCCAUGUAAUUAUUAUGUCUCCUGAAGUAUACCCAAAAGCAUCUAGAAGUUCAGAUAUCCAAACUGCUGUAUCUGGUCGCAUCAGCAAUCAACAGUCAGAUCAUUCAAUUGUUGUAAAUUCUGGUCGGCGGUUUGAAGCUGUUGCUAGUUUUAGGUUGGUGUGGUGGAAUAGAAAUUCAAGCUCAAGGAAACUAUCCAUAUGGCGUCCAUUGGUUCCCCAAGGAAUGGUGUAUUUUGGCGAUAUUGCUGUUCAAGGGUACGAGCCUCCAAAUACAUGCAUUGUUCUUCAUGAUGCUGAAGAUGAAGAUCUUUUCAAAGCACCUUCAGGCUUCCAGCCAGUUGGACAGAUAAAGAAACAGAGAGGAAUGGAGAGUGUCUCUUUUUGGUUGCCUCAAGCCCCUCCAGGUUAUGUUUCGUUAGGUUGUAUUGCAUCUAAGGGGACACCAAAGCAACAAGAUUUUUGCACAUUAAGAUGCAUGCGGAGUGAUAUGGUAACUGGUGAUCAAUUUUUGGAAGAAAGUGUUUUGGACCCAACAGAUGCCAAGUUUGGCACAGUACCAUUUAGCAUCUGGGUUGUUGCUAAUGACUUGGGGACUUUUUUUGUCCGUGCUGGAUCCAGAAAACCUCCAAGAAGGUUUGCUCUAAAGCUAGCAGAUCCAUAUUUGCACAGUGGUUCAGAUGAUACUGUCAUUGAUGCUGAAAUAAGGACCUUUUCUGCUGCCCUUUUUGAUGACUAUGGUGGCCUGGUGGUUCCAUUGUUCAAUAUAUCAUUGAGUGGAAUCGCAUUCAGUUUACAUGGAAGACCUGAGUACUCAAAUACUACUGUUAGCUUCUCUUUGGCUGCCAGGUCAUAUAAUGAUAAAUACGAAUCAUGGGAACCGAUUGUCGAGCCAAUGGAUGGGUUUUUAAGGUAUCAGUAUGAUCCUAGCUCCCCUGGAGCGGCUUCUCAGUUACGUUUCACCUCCACCAGGGAUCUCAACUUGAAUAUCUCAGUGUCCAAUGCUAAUAUGAUUAUUCAAGCUUAUGCAAGCUGGAAUAAUCUUGGUGAUAUUCAUCAAUAUUAUAAAAGACCAGAAGCACGUUUUCCAACCUCUGCAACAAGAUCGAUUGUUAAUAUUCACCAAAAAAGAAGUUAUUACAUCGUCCCACAGAAUAAACUUGGUCAGGAUAUUUUUGUUCGUGCCAUGGAGAGGAAAGGUUUCUCGGAUAUUACUAUGAUGCCGGCUGGUGAUACGAAGCCUAUAAAAGUUCGCUUCAGAAAUAUGCCGGACUCUCACUUGAAAGGAAAGCUGUGCAGGAAAAUAAGAACAAUGGUAACAAUCAUUAUAGCAGAUGCAAUGUUACCCAGAGUUGAGGGAUUGAGUUCUCAUCAGUAUACUGUGGCUGUUCGCCUUUCUCCAAGCCAUAGCCUUCCAAGUGAAUCACUGCAUCACCAACAAAGUGCACGGACAUGUGGACGCAUCUCAAGUAACAUGUCUUCUGAUAUUGAAUUGGUUGACUGGAGUGAAAUAUUUUUCUUUAUAGUUGACUCCCCAGACUCGUAUACAGUGGAGCUAAUUGUUGCUGAUGUAGGAAAAGGUGAUGCUAUUGGAUUUUUCUCAGCUCCUCUGAAUCAGAUAGCCAUGCAUACUCCCGAUGGUUCGCAUGAUUACUCCAAUUCCUUAAUGUGGAUGGACUUAUCCUUGCCAAAUACCACUCAAGUAGAUGGGAGCAGGAAACAUUCAAGUGGGAGAUUGAGAUGUGCUGUAAUUUUGUCAUCAAAAUCUGAUGUUGAUGAGACAAGUGAGCCCUUUGUCGGUGGCAGAAAAUUCGGAUUCAUUCAGAUAAGCCCUAGCAUGGGAGGACCUUGGACUACUGUGCAACUCAACUAUGCGGCACCUGCUUGUUGGCGCUUAGGCAAUGAUGUUGUGGUUGGUGAAGUUAGUGUGAAGGAUGGCAACAGAUAUGUAAAUAUUAGGUCACUGGUUUCUGUGCAUAAUAACACAGAUUUCAUUCUUGAUUUAUGUCUUGUACCAAAGAAACAAAUAUCACUUCACACAACCAAUGAGAUACUUUUGGGCCAAUUGAAACCUGGAGAUACAGUACCUCUUCCCUUAUCCGCCUUAAAUCAGUCUAGACCAUUUGUUUUCCAGUUGCGACCUUCAGAAUUUGAUGGUUCUAACAAGUAUUCUUGGAGCUCUGUAGUUGAAAAGCCUGGUCAACGGGAGGUUUCUGAAAAAGCUAAGGGCACUUCUGGGAUAUAUGUAUCAGCUCUCACCGAGUCUGAGGAAUUGCUAUGCUGCAACCAGCUAAUUGAGACCUCUUCUAAUGCCUCUGCACAUAAACUAUGGUUUUGCUUAGGCAUACAAGCAACAGAGAUAUCAAAAGACAUCCGUUCCGAUUCUAUCAUGGACUGGAGUCUUGUGGUCAAAUCCCCAUUGUCUAUCUCCAAUUAUCUUCCUCUUACUGCUGAAUAUUCUAUCCUUGAGAUGCAACCUAGUGGUCAUUUCAUUGCCUGCUCCAGAGGAAUAUUUCACCCUGGAAGAACUGUAAAUAUUUACAAUGCUGAUAUACGUAAUCCUUUGUUCUUCACACUACUUCCACAGAGAGGAUGGAUGACAUUAAAUGAAGCUGUUCUGAUAUCUCAUCCUUGUGAAAUUCCAUCCAAAUCAAUAAGCUUAAGAAGUUCAAUUUCUGGAAGGAUAGUUCAACUCAUUAUUGAGCAUAAUUCUGACAAGGAACAAACAAUUUUGUCAAAAAUAAUCAGAGUCUAUGCUCCUUACUGGUUUUCAGUUUCCAGAUGUCCGCCACUUACAUACCGGCUUGUUGAUAUGGGAGGGAAGAAACGCACAAGAAAGAUUGAGUUCCCAUUUCGUGCUAAAAAGAAAAUACGAAUCAUUGAGGAAAUAACUGAUGAGGAAAUGUAUAGUGGUCACACAAUUGCCUCAUCAUUGAACUUUAAUUUGUUUGGUCUGUGUGUAGCAAUUACGGAGUCUAGCAAUGAGCACUUCGGGACCGCUAAAGAUCUUUCUCCCCUUGUGGACAUGGAUGGCUCUGUGGAUCUCUAUGCUUAUAAUGCUGAUGGAAAAUGUAUGCACCUUUUUGUUUCUGCAAAGCCCUGCCCCUAUCAAUCUGUCCCUACAAAGGUAGAAAUAUUACUCAGUGCUCUAAAAAUGUAUGUUGAAGAUGAAUCUAAUAUUCUCCGCGCAUCUGAUACAAGAAUCUCCUUUGUACAUUGUGAGAACGAUGGGACAGAUAAACUUCAGAUAAGACUAGAAGAUACAGAUUGGUCAUUUCCUGUUCAAAUAGUGAAAGAGGAUACUAUCUCAUUGGUUUUGAGGGGACAUGGUGGUACAAGGACUUUUUUGAAUGUAGAAAUACGUGGCUAUGAAGAAGGAUCACGUUUUAUAGUUGUAUUCCGCCUUGGAUCAACCAAAGGUCCUAUCAGGAUUGAGAACAGAACCUUUGAUAGAACAAUAAGUAUUUGCCAAUCUGGAUUUGGUGAGUAUGCAUGGAUCAGUUUAGGAGCUCUUUCAACUACAAUUUUUUCCUGGGAAGAUCCAUAUGGAGAAAAGUUCAUUGAUGUUAAAAUCAAUGGAGAUUGCAAUAACCGAAUCUGGAAAGUCAAUUUGGAAAGUUUUGUGCAGUCUCCUACAGGUGAAGGAGAUCUUGGAAUGCAGUUGCAUGUUUUUGAAAUAGGUAAUAUAAAAGUUGUUAGAUUUACUGAUAAUCGGACAUGGAAGUUGAGUUCACAUGGAGAUAGGCCUCUGAUGGCUGCUGGAAAGCCACAGGUUGAUGUUACACCAAUAGAAGUCAUCAUUGAAUUGGGAGUUGUUGGGGUAUCUCUUGUGGACCACAUGCCAAGAGAGCUCUUUUACGUGUACCUUGACAGAGCCUUUAUAUCAUAUUCUACAGGCUAUGAUGGUGGAACCACCAGCAGGUUCAAGCUCAUACUGGGACAUUUGCAAAUUGACAACCAGCUUCCUUUAACUUUGAUGCCAGUGCUAUUAGCACCUGAGCAGAUGAGUGAUAUUCAUCAUCCCGUAUUUAAGACGACUAUUACAAUGCGAAAUGUGAACUCUGAUGGAAUUCAGGUGUAUCCGUAUGUCUAUAUACGGGUGACUGACAAGUCUUGGAGGCUUAAUGUUCAUGAACCGAUCAUCUGGGCAUUAGUUGAUUUCUAUAACAAUCUUCAGCUAGAUCACAUUCCCCAAAGUUCAAGCAUCACUCAAGUUGACCCAGAGAUACGUGUUGACCUGAUAGAUGUUUCGGAAUUAAGGUUGAAAGUGUCUCUGGAGACAGCACCAGCUCAGAGACCUCAAGGGGUUCUUGGUGUGUGGAGUCCUAUACUUUCUGCUAUUGGAAAUGCCUUCAAAUUUCAGGUGCAUCUGAGGAGGGUAAUACGGAAAGACAGAUUCAUGCGGAGAAGUUCCAUACUUCCUGCAAUUGGAAACCGUAUUUGGAGAGAUUUGAUUCAUAACCCUCUUCAUUUGUUAUUUUCAGUAGAUGUACUUGGUAUGACUAGUUCGACCUUGGCUUCUUUGAGUAAAGGAUUUGCUGAGCUUUCAACUGAUGGACAAUUUCUCCAAUUGCGCUCAAAGCAGGUUUCAUCAAGGAGAAUCACUGGAGUACGAGAUGGAAUUGUUCAAGGAACAGAAGCCCUUGCACAGGGUGUUGCUUUUGGGGUGUCUGGAAUUGUGAGAAAACCAGUGGAAAGUACCAGACAGGAGGGUUUUGUGGGAUUUGCUCAUGGAAUUGGUCGUGCUUUCUUAGGAUUUAUUGUUCAACCAGUCAGUGGAGCAUUAGAUUUCUUCUCAUUGACCGUUGAUGGAAUUGAAGCUAGUUGUUCCAAAUGUUUGGAGGCUUUGACUAACAAUAGCACCUUCCAGAGAAUUAGAAACCCCCGAGCUAUUCAUGCUGAUGGCAUUCUUAGAGAGUACUCUGAGAAAGAAGCUACUGGUCAGAUGGUGCUCUAUCUGGCAGAAGCAAGUCGACGUUUUGGGUGUACUGAGAUAUUUAAAGAGCCCUCUAAAUUUGCUUGCUCUGAUUAUUACGAAGAGCAUUUUAUUGUACCAUACCAAAAGAUACUUCUAGUGACCAAUAAACGAGUUAUGCUAUUGCAGUGUUCAUCUCUCGACAAGAUGGACAAAAAACCUUGCAAGAUCAUAUGGGACGUUCCAUGGGAAGAACUCAUGUCGCUGGAGUUGGCGAAAGCGGGCAGUCAUAUACCUUCUUGCUUACUCCUCCAUCUUAAGAAUUUUAGGAGAUCAGAAGCUUUUGUUAGAGUCAUAAAAUGCAGUGUUGAAGAAGUUGAGGGAACAGAACCGCAAGCUGUUAAGAUCUGCUCGGUAGUGCGUAAGAUGUGGAGAGCACAUCAAUCUGACCCGAACAGCAUUGUGCCAAAGGUUCCUUCAAGCCAGAGGCAUCUGCAUUUAUCUUGGAGUGAGACUGAUAAGAAAGCACCACAUGCCCUGAAGAAAUCCAUCAUUAAAUCAGGAGAGCUUUCUGCAUCAAUUUCUGCAUCUGAUGGAACAAAAUUUAUUGAACACAGUGUAAACUUUCUGAAGAUCUGGAGCAGCGAGAGAGAAGUGAACGGCCGAUGUGCAUUAUGUAGAAAACAGGUCGCCGAUGAUGGUGGAGUAUGUAGCAUUUGGAGGCCCAUUUGUCCGGAAGGGUAUGUGUUCAUUGGUGACAUAGCUCGUGUCGGGAGCCAUCCUCCUAACGUUGCUGCUGUUUACCGGAAAAUUGACAAUCUAUUUGCGCUUCCUGUAGGUUAUGACCUGGUAUGGAGGAACUGUCUAGAUGAUUACACGACUCCGGUCUCGAUCUGGUAUCCACGGGCUCCUGCGGGGUUCAUCUCUCCUGGGUGUGUUGUUGUGGCAGAUUUCGCCGAGCCUGAAGCUGAUUUGGUACAUUGUGUGGCAGAAACACUUGGGGAGGAAACAACAUUUGAGGAGCAAAAAGUUUGGUUCGCACCGGAAUCAUACCCGUGGGGUUGUCAUGUGUAUCAAGUCCAAAGUGACGCUCUUCAUUUUGUUGCUCUAAGAGAAACUAAAGAAGAAUCCGGGUGGAAGCCCACCAGGGUUCGUGAUGAUUUCCAGCCUUUGCAAUCCGAGUAAAGACAGAAGGUGAUGAUGUCGAGCCAAAAACCAACAGGAGAUGUGCCAUGAUUCAUACAAUUGUUUUUCCAGGCCUCUGAGAAUAUUAGAAUCCGAUAGAUAUGUUUGAAUGGUCAAUUCUUUGAUUAUCAACCCUACUGCUCUUUCUUAUGCACGGAGUGAGAUGGAAGAAGUAAUUUUAUUUUA